AUGUUAGUUAACAUUUUUUCCUGGGUUAUUAGUAUAAUUUUAAAAUUGAUCAGUUUGAUACUGACACCUUUUGUUAGAUUGUUAAAAUGGUCUUUAGGUGAUAAGUUGGAAGAAUGGGAUAAGGAAUAUAGAUAUAGGGAGGAUUUUUAUGUUAUUCCAUUCUUUUUGAAACAAGUGUUUCUUUAUGCGUUGAAUGUUAGGAAGAAGAGAUUUCAAAGUUGGUACAAUUUUGAAAAUCAGGUCAAGAUUAAUGGUAAUUGUAAAUGUAUUAGAUAUGCUCGUCCUUCAACAACUACUAAAGGUGAAUUCACAAUCGAAACUUUCACUUAUAAGGACACUUACGAUAUCGUAUUAAGACUGUCUUAUAUCUUACAUUAUCAUUAUAAAGUUCAGCCAGGUUCCACUGUUGGUAUUGAUAGUACUAAUAAGCCACUAUUCAUGUUCUUAUGGUUGGCUCUGUGGAAUAUUGGUGCUGUCCCAGCUUUUUUGAAUUAUAAUGUUAAGGGGGCUCCUUUGGUUAACUCUAUCAAAGUAGCUGAUAUUACCCAAAUCUUUAUCGAGCCAGAUGCGAUGGGACCAAUUAGACAGUCUGAAGAAGAGAUUAAAAACGCUUUGUCCCAUGUCAAAUUAAAUUAUUUGGAUGAACAGGAUUUGAUGAGUCAAAUUUUGAACCCAACGAACCCUCAAUUCUUACAAGAACACAAUAUCAGGUCUCCAGAUGACCUUACAGAUUUUAAACCUGCUAUGCUGAUUUAUACCUCAGGUACUACUGGUUUGCCAAAAGCUGCAAUCUUAUCCUGGAGAAAGGCUAAUAUUGGUUGUCUCUUAUUCGGGCAUGUCAUGCAUAUGGAUACAAGUAGUGUUGUAUUCACUGCAAUGCCACUUUUCCAUUCAACUGCAGCUCUAUUGGGUGCUUGCGCAGUGUUAUCAAAAGGUGGGUGUCUAUCAUUAGCUAACAAGUUCUCUGCUAGCUCAUUCUGGAAACAAGUCUAUAUGUCUGAAGCUACUCAUAUCCAAUAUGUCGGUGAAGUUUGUAGAUAUUUGCUACAUACUCCAGUAUCCAAAUAUGAAAAAAUGCAUACUGCCACUUAUGCCUAUGGUAAUGGUUUGAGACCAGAUAUCUGGCAAGAGUUUAGAAAAAGAUUUAAUAUCGAAGUUAUUGGUGAAUUCUACGCUGCUACUGAAGCUCCAUUCGCAACAACAACUUUACAAAGAGGAACUUUUGGUUUGGGUGCCUGCAGAAGUUAUGGUAGUAUUGUCAAUUGGUUCUUAUCCUUCCAACAGACUUUGGUCAAGAUGGAUCCUGAUGAUGAAUAUAUGGUUUAUAGAAACUCUAAAGGUUUCUGUGAAACAGCAGCGGUUGGCGAAUCUGGUGAGAUGUUAAUGAAAAUAUUCUUCCCAAAGAAGCCAGAAACUUCUUUCCAAGGUUACUUAGGAAACAAGAAGGAUACAGAAUCAAAAGUUUUACGUAAUGUUUUUAGAAAUGGUGAUGCUUGGUACAGAUGUGGCGAUUUGCUACGAUCCGAUGAAUAUGGUUUAUGGUACUUUGUUGAUAGAUUAGGUGACACCUUUAGAUGGAAAUCAGAAAAUGUUUCAACCACUGAAGUCGAAGAUCAACUAGCUGCAACUGAUGAAUCGCUAUGUGAACAAAUUGUCGUUGUUGGUAUCAAAGUACCAGGGUAUGAAGGUAGAGCUGGUUUUGCUCUAUUAAAAUUAACAGAAUCUGAAAAGAACAAAUACAUAACAGAUGAAUCUAAGGUAAAACUAUUGAAUAAUACUUUGAAAGUAUUAAAUGCUCAUCUCCCAAAGUAUGCAUUACCAAUAUUUGUUAAAUUUGUUGAUAAAUUUGAGAUGACAGAUACUAGCAAAAUACGUAAGGCUCUUUACAGAAAUCAAAAAUUGCCUUAUGGUGCGGAUGGAACUGAUACUCUUUACUGGUUAAAGGAUUACAAAGAAUACAAAUUAUUAACUUCGGAGGACUGGCGUUCUAUUGAAGGCCAGACAUUCAAGUUAUAA